CACACACUUGUAGCGCUACAAUAACUUAGGUCGCCAUCAUCAAUUGUAUCCUGAUGACUGUCGUCAUUACUCAAGUCUACUGGUAUACUGCGAACGCUCACGUCCAUUCUUUCUUCAAUUCAGCUCAGUUGGCUUGACUGUCAUUGCAGCCCCACCGAUUUCGCGAUGCCCCUGACCGCAACCAUUUGGUCCUAUGAAGCAUACUACACUGCGAUCCGAUCGUCACGACGACUGCCAAAGUGACGUCCAGUUACUCAACAUGGCGUCGAACGCUCGCAUUUCCAUGAGUGGAUCACAUGAGAAUCAAGAGCAUUUCCCAUCUCCAAAGUUGACGUUAUUUGACAAGAUCUCACCAUUUCCUUGGAAGGCAUUUCUUGUCAUUGCUUCAUUGCCCCUCGCCCUCUCACCCAUUAUAGUGUUAGCAACAGCUGCGGAGGAAGCCUCGGUAGGCUACAUUCAAGGACGUGACUGUUACCCCAACGGCAUGUGGAGCGAAACGCAGGGCGCAACCUGGCGAAUCAUGGAUUCUUCAUAUUUUUUCACGCCAAAUCUGAGUUUCGGUUCCAUGACUUUUACUCAAGUCAAAGUCAUCGAUAUCGCAUGGGACCUGAUUGUUGGAAGAGGGGGGCAGCUAUUACUUGCAUGGGUUAAUUACCGAGUCUUCAACGAAUGGUUGCUCUUCCAUCUUGAGCGACAUCUAACUUCUUACAAGUUAUAUACGGCCGUUGCGUUCGAGACUACCACUAUCUCUACACUUGGUGUGCUAGGGAAAGAAUUCCUUGCCUUUGGCCAACCCACCUGGUUACGGUUCUUCCGCUGGCUUGCCUUGCUGAGCAUGAUUCUAAGCACAUUUUAUGUGUUGAGUUUCCCCACCUUGAUGGCCGCAAUGACCGGUUACAUUACAACCGAUUCGGCAUAUAUUGAGAGUUACAGCAAGGACUUGAUCGAGUUGCAUAGUGUGCUUGACCUACCAGUAUACUACGUGAUUGAAGACAGCAGUCGCAUUGGUUAUGAAAAACCUUUGGUCGUCACUAUCGGCGAUAGUGAAUUAAUGGACGCAGUCUGGUCAUACGUGGAAAACACUUCUAGCAUAGAAGAAUUUCCUCGUGGGCGAGAAAACCCGAGAUAUGGCGUGGAGACAGGAUUGAACAGAACGGAGAGAUUCUCUCUUAACAAAAAAAGCAUCUGGCGCUUUGGGGGACACGCCUAUGAUCUAGACAGUCCGACACUCAACGUCACUUGGCUCACGAACGUCACUGCCCCCACAUCAAACAGAAUUAGGCGCCAAUUCUAUUCCGACGAAGCUCGACAGGGAGACAUCUAUACCGGGCAAUACAUAUUAUCGCAUGGUUCAUGUAAGCCCAACGAUACAUAUCAGUGGGGAUUUUCUUACAUAUUCCUCUUUAUGGUCUCCAUAUUCAACUUCAUAUGGGCAUGUAUAAUGGUUGGCAUGUGGUUGGACACUGUGCAUUCAAGUAGAAUGUAUAGAAGAGGCAGGCGGCCUGGACUACUUAGGAGCAUCAUGGAUAUCUCUGGAGCUAUCAGAGAAGAACUAGGCCAAGAGGUCUUGGGAAUGGAGGAAAAGGAUAUGAGAAAGAGGCUAAGGGAAAGCGGAGGUGCUUUAUUAAUCCCUAAGUCAGAAUUGAGGGUUACAAGAACGGCCACCCAGGAUUCAAACGGACGCAUGAAUUGGAGAAGAAAACUCACGAAAGGGAGCACGUUCUAAAAUCAGUAUUGUCAAUCCAAUGUG